AUGUCCGUGUAUGACUCGGCCCUGGUCGAUUCGGAUGACUACGUAAACCAGAUUGGAACCCUGAAUGGCAAUCCCGUUGCCUGCGCCGCUGGGUUGGCCACCCUCGCGGAACUCAGGAAAGAAGGAACAUACGAGCGCCUGCGUGGUACAGGCAACAGACUGCGGGAAGGCUUGGUGGAGAUCUGUUCAGAAAACGGCUUUACCGUUCAGAGUUGUGGAGAAGCUGCUAUCUUCGACAUUUACUUCUCUGACACCCCGGUUUACAACUAUCGGGACGGUUUGGCUGCUGACGGCGGACUGAUGAGUCGCCUCAACCACGGCAUGCUGGAGAGAGGAAUUUUGAAGGGCUGGCCCCAGAAAUAUUAUCCUUCCCUGGCGCACACUGAAGAGGACGUGCAACGGACGUUGGAUGCCGCCAGCGAAGUUGUGCCGACUCUGGUCAAGUAA